AUGCGCUGUGGACAGAGUGGGCAGAGUGUGGCCGUGCCACCGGGGGGCCAGCCAGGUCCAGGGGGACUCUACCACAGUGUCCACUGUGAACGGCCCACACCCACACACACCCUCCAGCUGCAGGACAGCCAGCAGCAGCACGCCGACGCCAGGUAAGAACAACACCGACACUGAACCUCAGGUUCUGACACUAUAGUAGACGAGAACACAGUCAGAGAACAGUAGGACUGAAACAGUGACGUCAGUUGAUCAGACUAUUUAUUUGACAUGACAUCUGAAGUAUUACCACUAAUCCUAUGAAAAUUCAAACACCUGUACUGCUACGUUUAUUCCUACUCCUGCUAGAGGAUAUUAUCAUACUGAAUGAUGAAGUUGAUGAUGAUAGUCGUACACAGGUGAUGACGACAAUAAUCGCCAUAAUAUAUCUGUCAAAUUAAAUGACGAAAAAUGAUUGUGUUAUUGUAUCCUCUAUGUGACAUUCUGUCAUAGAGGAGUGACAGGGAUUGUAUCUUGACUCUACUUGACUCUCUCAGCUCAGAAACAGAUUGCUAUCACUCUCUCUGACCUCUGUGUAGUUUCAUUGCAGUUAUGGGCUCAUCCCCUUCAACUCUCUGUCCUCUAUGACUACAGUCAUAUACACCGAUUCCGUCCCAAAUGGCAUCCUAUUCCCUAUGUAGUACACUACUUUUGACCAGGGCCCAUAGGGAUCUGGUCCAAGUAGUGCACACUAGAGGGAACAGGGUGCCAUUUGGGACGCAGACCAUAAAGUGCUUCUGGACAGACAUUAAAUUCUCCCACAUUGUCUCUGAAUGCCAUUGGUACAGCCAAACAGGAAAUAGCGCUCAUGAAAGAAAGGGGGGGACUCUCUCUCACUCUUUAUUGACUACGGCGAAGCCAGGCAGCUAGCGUUUUCUGCCAGUGUGCGUCGAGAGAGAGAGAGAGAGAGAGAGAGAGAGAGAGAGAGGACAAAGACGAUUCCUUCAUGGAGACAGGAAAGAGAAAGAGGGGCCUUUUCACAUCACUCAAGAGCUUUGCACAAAAUACAUAAUGAGUAAACUGACAGGAAUGAUUAUGUAGGAGAUCACAGCGACGCAUGGAGAAAUACGACCUGGCUCCCCAUUCACCUGGGGCAAGAUUCUCACCAUAAUACACAGUAUUGUAAACGCUGACCCUUCACAGGCCGCCAUUAUGCCAACUAACCAGGUGACUCCUAUUUAUCCCAACAUGUAGGGUUAGGUUUAACCCCUUUGUGUCAUCAAAGCCUGUCAGACUAGUUACACAGAAGCCCCAUCCAUGGCCUCCCCUCUGUCCUCUGUAUCUGCCCGCUCUCCUAUUCUUAGCCAUAAAUGCCCAUUCAUAACUGCUCACAGGGCUCAAGGUCCCCUUUCAUUUAUUCAUAAAAUCACUCCCAGAUCAUCUGUUUCUGGUGGAUGCUGCCCUGUUUUGAAAGGGACACCACAAUUCACUAAUGCUUGUGUAGCAUCGAUCCACUGAUUCCAUUUCUCUGUGAAAGUUCAGUUCACUAUCUGUGAGAUGUGGUUGUUAGGAGUUUAGUCUGAAAAGUUCACUGUCUGUGAGAUGUGAUUGCUAGGCCCUCUGAUUGAGACUUUCAGACUAUCUGGGCUCUCUGGGGGGAGAUGUUGUUUUUGUAAACAGAGAGAGAGAGAGAGAGAGAGAGAGAGAGAGAGAGGUAACAGAGAGCAAGGUAGCAGAAAGAGAGGUAGCGAUCCCUCUAGGCCAGGGCUAAAUCUCACAGCCCUGCUGUUGUACAGGGCCGGAAAGCUGCAGCCUGUGGGAAGGAUGACUUGGCAGGACCCAGACAGCCAUGGCCUUUAUCUAUCAACAGCGGGUGGCUAAUAGUGUUCAUAUACUCUCCGGUGUUGUCCUAAUUGCCUCGCUCUGCUCAGAUUCCCUGCCGUGUGUUUUUCCCCUCUACAGGUCCUCUGCCUUCCAGAGAUCCCUGGCCUCGCCCGACCCAGGCUGCGGCAGCUCCAAUGCGGCCAGGGUAUUUCCUCUCCCCUACCCCAUCAAACAGGAGGCUUCCAUGGGCUACAAUAUCUCCCUGGGACUGGGGGUCCCCCCCACCACCCAGGGUGGCUUCCAGAGUGGCAGGGGAGGCAUUGGGGUCCGGCGGGAGGAGAUGGAGGGUCCUCUCAGUGGUGGAAGCGGCGGCGGCAACUUAGGCAGCCCUCUGUCGGUGGAUGCGGCGUACCCGUUUAAUAAUGAAGAUGACUCCUCCCCGCUGUCUUUGUCCCAGGGUGGUUCCCCGCUCACCAAUAGCAGCCUGAAGAGAUGCUGCCUGUCGCUGGCCUCCCAGUCCGCCGCUGCCAGCAGCAAUGCUAACGCCUUAGCGAACGCCGUCGUCACCGCCACUGAGGGGAUCGAUAUCACUGCCAUCAUCUGCUCCUCCCAGAUGUCCGUGGUGGCCUGUGUCAACGGGCUCCGAACGAACCCCUCACCCCAGCACAGCGGCGGCUUCUCCUUCCGGGCUGCCCCCCGCAAGCCCCUGCCCCCCCAGCAGCGCAGCAGCCCCCAGCAGCCCCCCUUGCAAGAGAGCUGUCAGCUGCCCUCGCCUGCCGCCUGCCUGCUGUCCCUCUCCUCGUCGUCGUCGUCCUCCUCUGUGUCAUCUCUGGAGCCGGAGCAGCAGAACCAGGGCCUGUGUGAGGGGCCUGGCUCCAUGCAGCCGGGGCCUGGGGGUGGAGGUGGAGCAGGAGGAGGCUCCGAGGGGCUGGGGCUACUGAUGAGUGGGGCCCUGAUGACAGGAGGGUUGCUUGGGGACGUGUCUCUGCUGGAGGAGGGCUGUCAGAGGGCCGGCGGUGGAGCUCUGAAACAGGAGCCCUUGGACGACUUCUCCCCCAGCGAGGAGGAGCUCUUUCAGCACCACUACCACCAUCACCACCACCUGACUGGCCGUGCUGUGGCCAGCCACCUCCGCCCUCACCCCCACCACCCGGCCCCCCCACUUCCCUCCAUGCCCCCGCCCUACCACCUGCACCAAUAUGAGGGCCCCAGCCCGGGGGUCCUGUUGCAUCUCCAGAACCAGAACCAGCCAGCAUCAGCAUCCUCCUCCAUCCUCCCAGGACCCAAGACCUCGGGCUCUGCUGAGGGUGAGGACGGUGGGCUGCUCAGCGACAGGCAGGUGUGCCGCUGGAUUGACUGCAGCGCGACGUAUGAGCAGCAGGAGGAGCUGGUGAGGCACAUCGAGAAGGUGCACAUCGACCAGCGCAAAGGGGAGGACUUCACGUGCUUCUGGGCCAGCUGCAUCCGCCGCUACAAGCCCUUCAACGCCCGCUACAAACUCCUCAUCCACAUGAGAGUCCACUCGGGAGAGAAGCCCAACAAGUGUAUGGUGAGUCCCUCUCCCCACCAUAGAAAUAUAAUCACUAGAAUCACCAUUCAAGUCAAAGUUCUGUGAUGUCUGGGCCGGCGGCCAUAUUGAGUGUACCCAUUCCAUUCUAGUAAUUCCCCACCAGCUGAGCCCAGAACCAAGCCGGUGUCAGUGGUGAAUGUUGUUCACAGCCCACUCUUCUGAAUAGAGCCAAUCAAAGCCAUUUGUAUGGUCCAUUAUAGGUUCCAUUUCAGUGACCACAGGAUAUUUACUGUAUGAAAUUGAACCUUCCCAGCUGGUGCAACCAGGACCCAGUUUGACUGUAACCAUCCAUAG